AUGCCCCGGGACGCUCCUUGCUCCUCUUCAAGAUCGCGGGGAUGCGUGACCUUCAGAAGGUGUACCUCAUGUCUGCUUCUAGUGGCACUUCUCCGGCAUGUAUCGCAGGACCAGACAUUUGCGGCUCCUGGGCGAAACGCAGGUACUCGCACCAGCAGCGCGCUGUUGGAGCGAAGCCAUCAGCUUGUCCAUUCGGGCAGGACGCGUAUGACGCGCGCUGUUUGCAGAAGUUCCACCGAUGAGUCGGAGGCGAAGGAAAUGCCUCAGGAGGUGAAGCUGAGCUCUGUUACGCAGUCCACAGUCAAUCUGGUCAAGAACAUUGUUGGCGCUGGCAUGCUGUCCCUUCCCCAUGGCGUGGCAGCUGUGAGUGCAAGCCCGCAGGCCGUGGCACCGUCGCUGAUUCUCACUUUCCUUGCCGCGGUAUUCAGUGCCUACGGCUUUGUCUUGAUCGCACAGGCAUGCGAGGCAACAGGUGAGAGCACCUACACCAGGGUCUGGGCCCGGAGCGUUUCCGAGAGCACGAAGCUCCUGCCUGCAGUCGCCUGCCUUGCGAAGGCUGCCAUCGGAUGCAUCGCCUUCUCCAUGAUUCUGGGUGACUGCAUCUCCUUGAUGUUAGCUCCAUUGAACCUGCCUGCCGUUAUCGCCAGCCGCGAUGCAGUGAUCUUGCUGAUGACCAUCGUGGUACUGUACCCUCUUUGCAGCAUGAAGUCGUUCGCACCGCUGGCCAAGUUUUCUCUGCUGGGUGUGCUCAGCAACUUCUACAUCUGUGCUUUCGUGGUGUUGCGCUGCUUGGACCACUCCUACCAGAAGGGGGGGAGCUUGCUGGCUGCAGCACCCGCUGCGCCACAGUUCGCUGCGCCAGCGGGCGCGUGGCACACCGUGCUGAGUCCAGGUCUCAGCGUCCUGUUGAGCAUUUUGGCAACGGCCUUCCUGGCGCACUACAAUGCGCCUCUUUUCCUGGAGCAGCUAGCACCAGACCCAAAGACCGGGAAGAAGGACAAGCGCUUCGUGGUGGUGUCCGUCUUGGGUUUCUGCACAGCAGGCUUGAUUUUCAGCCUGGUGAUGGUGGGAGGCUUCCUAACAUUCGGCAGCUCUUGCAUGGGCCUCAUCCUCAACAACUACGCCGCCAUAGACAGUCUUGCUUUGCUUGCUCGAGCAGCGAUUGUGCUGUCCUUGGUCACUGCAUACCCGCUGGUUUUCCUGAGCUUGCGCAAGCAGGUGCUCGAAAUCCUUGGAAGCAAAGGAGCCGACUUCGCGAACCAACGGCCCAGGGCGAUGACGAUUUCCUUGCUGGCAGGUGUCACCGCUGUGGCGUUCAAGUGCGGCUCUCAGGAAACACACCAAGUGCACGAUGGGCUUCACAGCGAGCAUCUUCAUGACCCCGCGAGGGAGUUCCGUUGUAGUGUAGCACACACUUGUUUGUGCGAAGUGACAACUCAUCAUCUCACUUGA